UGAUCUUGAAGAUCGUUACCUUCUUCAAUUAACAUCUAAAGCACGUGAAAAAUUAUUUACAUCAAUAAAUACAAUUUCUGAUUAUUUUCUAAUAAAUCGUCAUGAUAAAAAUAAUAAUCCGAAUGAAUCUUAUUUAUAUCAACUUGGUAAUAUGAUGUUUGAUUGUGUACAAUAUGAUUGUUUACGUCGUUUAAGAUAUUAUUGGUUACCAAGAUGGUUAUUACAUUGGGAAAGAAUAAUCAAUAAUUGUCAAUUUUUACCAAAUCAAUAUGGUGGUUCUAAUUUAUUUUAUAUACCAUCAUAUUGUUCAUUAAUUAGAUCAAAUCAUACAUUAUCAUCUAAUGCAUAUACAGAAAAUAUAUCAAUAAAUAGUUCUGAUAUUGAACAAGAUAAUGAUCUUGAUCUUAUGGAUCAUUACAAUCAUCAUAAUGAUCAUGAUUCUAAUGGUCAAUAUGAAGAAUAUCAAUCUAAUGAAGUAUUUAAAGAUAAUGAUCCUUCUAUAAAUUGUCAUAGUUCAUUACAAACAACUGAAAAAACAAUAAAGGUAUCUAAUGAUGAAAAAUCCUGGAAUAAAGAAAUCUAUGAUCUAAUUAUUAAAAAUGCUUUAACAAAAAAUGGUCUUAUUCAAUCAGAUCAUAAUAGAGACAUAUUAAGAAAUAUGCCAAAACAACGUUUAUUAUCAUAUGCUCCAUCAUCUACAUUGAACUCAUCUCAUAGAAAUAUAAAAUUAUCUCGAAUGUCCAGUAGUACUACUACAACCAGUACUACCAGUACUACUCCAACUAAAUAUACAUCAACUAUACCAUUCUUUAAACGAUUAAAUAUAUCAUGGACAAUACCCUAUGAUCCAAAUGAUGUGAUUGGUUUAAAAUUAUAUCCUGGUUUAAAAUGGGAACAUUUAAAAAAAAUCAAUAAUUGUCAAUUAUUAUCCUCCUCCUCGAUACAAAUGGAUAUAAUCAAUAAUUCAAUCAAUUAUAAUCAUUCCAUUAUAAUUGAUUCAUUGAUAUCUACAUUAGGAAUAAAUAAUAAUGAUCAUCCUAAUGAGAAUCAUAAAAUGACAUCAUCAUUUAAACAAGAUUUCAUCAAUAGGAAAAAGAUGGAAUCUUCUUCAAAUAGAGGAAAACUAACUUCAUUCAUUCAUUUAAAAGAAAAGAAAAGUUCAAUGGAAGAAAUAUUAAAGAAAAAAUGUUUAAUAGCAAUACAUGGUGAUGCAGCAUCUGGUGGUCCAUUUCAAUUUUAUUUAGAAAG